CUUUAAUGGGCGACGACAGCGUACGAUCGUAAUAAAUCGGUGUCUCCAAGGAAAUAUUAUUGAUGUUUUAUUCUGCUGAGAAUGCCUAAGAUUGGAAUUAUUCAAGAGCUGAUGUUUCUUGGACAUUGUAUUAGUACGGAGUACCUGCGAGUAGCCUAAUAAAAUGAUAACUAUCAGUGAGGAUAUGUGCUCAACAGUAGAUGGCCAUGGAUGCUAAAGAUUUACGUACCGAAACUACCAUAGGCGAAUGCAAUAAUGAUGGCAGCAGCAAGUUCGCUCAAGGCAGUGCUGCGCCCCCAUGCAGCGUCAGCGAAACAUACGAAAACAUUUCAACUAACCCGCUGGCCAAAUUGGAGGCACCGACGUCGCGUCCGUGCGCUGUCAUAGGCCCAGACCGUAUAGUGCCACCAUCUAAUGGAGAUGGAGCUUACUCUAAAAAAGGUCAUUAUGACCCAUGGCUCCAUGUGGACAAUACAUACCAUCCGCCACCGGAGUAUCCCCAUAAAAUACCAAGUUACCAAAGUCCAAUAAGAAACAUAUCACCUAGACAAACAUUCCAAGAAAAUAUGCAACGUAUUAUGGUGCAACCUACUUACAAUUCUGUCAAAAUAAGUGAUGAUGCAAACUACCCACUAGACAGAAACACUAAUAAAAAUGGAAAAAUUCCUGGCCCUCAUGAGGCCAAGUACUGUGAUGUGCCUUAUUCUGUGAAUGCUAUUAAUAGUGACCAAAAAUCAUCUGAAAUGUGUUUAAGUAAUAUGAAUAAUUCGCGGAACUAUCCACAAAUGUGGCAUCCAGGAGGUGUAGGGAUAAGGCCUCCAAGGCCUUACGGUGCUCCAGAAAUUUACCAAUUUCCUGAGUACACCAGUUGUGCAGGUCCAAGACAGAUGCCAAUGCCAAGAACUCAUCGGAGUGCUAAUGAAGAUCCCAGCCUUGCAUAUGGUGAAACAUAUUAUUCUGAAGGUAACAUUAGAUAUAAGCCUUAUCCAACAGUCAAAGACAGGUAUCCACAAACGAGGUAUGAGUAUGUGAGUAAUUAUGCUAAUCCAUUUCAUCCUCCACCAACUUUUCCUUCGCAUAAAUAUGAUUUACAAAAACCUUUGCCACCGCAUUUAUCCUAUCCCCAAGUUCCUAUCAAGUAUUUGGAGAACAGGAUGAAUGAGACUGUUAUGGAAGGGUAUCAAAGACCACCACUAAAUUAUAAUGUUCCACCAUACAGAAAUCAAGUUAUACAUUCAGCAUAUGGACCAGUGAUAGGUAGUAAUUUACAAAACAAAGUUUUUCCUUACCCACCAGAUGGUUCUGUUAAAUCUCUAACUACAAACAAACUACCUUAUGAUAACAAACUCUAUGCAGAGUAUGAAAAUGCCCGUAAUAAAGGUUACCCUAUGUCUGAAAGCAUGUACUUCAAUGAAAUUGCUCGUUCACAUGGGAAAACUCAACCUAUACUCCCAAAUUACCCUGCUGCCAGUAUGCAAACUAUUCAUGCACACCCAUAUUACCGAAAAGACAAUUUGGCUGCUAAGAACUUUGAAUACAUGUCACACUUUAGGCAUUUAGAUCCAUCUAUGAAUCCUAAUCUAUUGACCAGACACACAAACCAAUUUUCCCCUACUUCAAUAGCCAUUUCCCCAUCAGAUUCCAAUACAAGUAAUGAAACAGCACACACCCAUGGGGGUUCUCUUGAAGACUGUGGAUAUGCAAGCCAGUCAUCCACUGCUAGUGUUAGAAGUUUUGAUUCAGGUCUUGGAAGGAUGAUUCCUAAUGACUUUCACAGAAGAUAUAAUUAUCCAUAUCAGACAAUGGUUAGAGCAUCGACACUGUCAUCUAAACCAGAAGGGAGUGGUUCAGCCACUAAGGAUAAGAAGGGUAUUGAUGUCAGGCAAUAUCUGCAAAUGUGGAAUGAGGGAGAAGAAGAGCAUAGUGGCAAGGAAAAAGAAGUGGUGAUGCAAUCAGAUUUAUUGUCAAGUAAAUUAGCCAAUCAAUAUGAAGUUAUGAAAAAUAAUGAACAACUUUAUGUUCUUGGUUUAGUUAAUGUCCCAAGUGAAGAGUUGGGCAAAUAUGAACAUAUACAGAAAAUUUCUAAAUUGCCUGAUAAUAUAAAAGGCUAUAACAACAUUGAAUUGCUUAAACAUUUCGAGGAGGCUAUAGAGUCAUCUAAUGUAGGUCAUCUCAAUCACAAACCACCAACACCCAGGAACUACCAGUCUAUGAAGAGUUCUUUAAUUCAAGGGGCAGGCAUGUUGCCACCUCGUCCAUUAUCGCCACUUGAUGUUGAAGCAAAAAUAAGUCAAUCUGUCAUUCACAAAGAAGUUGGUUGCAAUUUUGAAAUCAAACCAUGCAGUCCAGAAAUGUUAAAUGUUGAAGUGGCAACACCUGCUCAAAGUGUUCUAGGAGAAGAAAGAGUUAUUGAAAAAGUUUCAAACCCAAUGAUUGCUAAUUCGCCAAUAUUAAGUAGCACUCGUGAGAAUGAAAAACAUUGUGAUAUGAGUCAAAAAGAACACAGGAUAAUGCUAAAUGAUAAUGUCAAAACUCAAAGUUGCAAUAUGAUAAAUACUCAAUGUUCAAAUAAUGAAGAUGUCAAUGUCAUGAAGGCAAAUUAUAGUCUUCAGGACUUAGAGAGUAAUGCAGGUGUAUGUCUUGCUUCUUUGCCGAGACUUGAUAAUGACAUUGAGUUGAAUUUUCCUGAAGUUAAUCAACAAUUUAUUAAUGCCAACAAAGAAUCGGUCAUUAUCGCCAAUGAUUUUCCAAUUGAGAUGGAUGUCAUGACAAAUAAUGAUGCCUAUCAGACAGAUGAAGAUUUUGCUACGAAAUCAGAAAACUCAUCUAAUGUAUUGCCAAUAUUAGAAUCAGAUAAAGAAGUUUCGAAACUGAGUAAGUACAGAAAAGUUAAGAGGAAUGACACAGAAUGUAAAGACAAGCAAACAUUAUCAGCAUCUCAAUCAUUGAGAACUGACAGUGUAAUUAUUAAAAAUCCAGAAAAUACAAAAUGCAUAGAGAAAAAUACAGAAACAAAUGAUCAUUGUGAGAUGAAGACAAGUGACUGCCUAUCCGUAAAGCAUCACAUGUUAAAUGAUGAACCUGUUUGUCAUGAUAGCAAAGAAAUGGACGAUGAUGUAACUAAUGAUGAAGAAAUGGCUAUUGAUUUUAGUUUAAGCAAAAAUGAAAAUAAUCUUGAUGAUAAAGAUUCUAAUUAUUUGUGUGAACUGUAUAAUACAGAAAAAUCAAAUUCACCUUGCAGUGAAUCAAAUUCUGUCUACCAGCAAUUAGUAGAAGAUACAAAUAAAAAUUGUUGUAAUUCACCAUCUGUUAACUCAAAUGAUUAUACAACCAAAAGUCCUGUGUCUGAUGAAAUUAAUGAUAUUAAUGCAUUUCCUGUGUCUGAUUCCAAUGACACUAAAUUGCAUGAAAAUGAUAUUAAAAAUAAUGAGGACAAGGAAGAAUACUCUAAAGAAAUCUCUGAAAUAUUGUUAGAUAGAGAUGACAAAGAAACUGAAAGUAUAAAUACUGACAAUGUGUCAGAUAUCAAUAAAAUAAAUAAUACAGUUCAUGAUCAUGAAAUAGUACAAGCAAAAGAUACUGUCGAUUACGAAAUCGAUUCUUUACAGAAUGUAGAGUCAAAAAUUCAUAGUCAAAUGUCUACAUCUACAACAAAAGUAAUUGAUGACAAUGAUACGAUAUUAUCUACUGAAAAUAUAUCAGCAUUAAAGAAAAAAUACAGACUUAACGGCGAAAAUAACCACACAAACCUCUUCAAUGAAGGAAGGCCACAUUCACUUGAUAAUAAUAAUUAUAACAUUGAAAAUGACGAAGUUCAUUGCGAAUCCAUAGCAAUUGAAGGUACAAACACAUACGAUAAUAAAGAGUAUUUAGAAAGAGUAUCUCACAAUGAUACUAUGGAAUCGCAUGAUAAUUACAUUUUAGUAAAAAAAUAUUUAGAGGUAAAAGUUGUGAAAAAAUCUAUACAUAAAGAAUUAUUUUCUCCUCGGAUACAAAAUCUUCUUCUUUGGAGCGAAGGGCAAAAUGGUUUAAAAUCUUUCAUUACCAAUCCAAAUGUGGCAGUUUCCACUGAAGACAAUUUGAACAUAUUUAACAAAUUACCUAUUAAAGAUAACCCCACCAGUCAAUCUGAUAAACAGAACAUCACAGUAGACAAUCAGAUAUUUAUUACAAGUUAUAAGCAGCAACCACCAUCUAAAGACUGUCCAAAUCCUGAUUUAGGUGUUGAAGAUUGCACUUUAGACAAUUUAGGCAGUGCCAUGGAUUCCACCGAUGAGCUUCAAUCAGAGAGUGCAGAUCUCAAUGACUGUCCUGUUCCAGACUCUAAUAUGGAGAUAUCAAAUGUUAACAAUUUGAUUAGCACCAUCGAUCCAAUCAAUACUAAACUUCAAUCAGAAAGCACUAAACCUGAGGACUGUUCUAUUCUUGAUGCAAAUACAGAAGUUUCCGCUGUAGAAAAUUUAAACAGUGUUGAUGACUCUAGCAGUACUGAAAUUCAACCAAAAUGUACUGACGUUAAAGAACUCAAGUUAGAUAUUAAGGAUUGCCCUGUAGAUAAUGUACGCACUGUUAAAGAUUUGUCGGAUAAUAAUCUUCAAACAAAUUAUACUGAACUUAAAGAUCCUAUUUCUGACGUCGUCAAUGAAGUUAACACUGGAGACAAACUAAACAGCGUCAUAGAUUGUUUAGGUACUGAACCUGAAUCAAAAUCUAUUCGAGAAAGUCCUAUUUCUGAUAUUGAAAUUUCCGAAGUAGAUACUAUAAGGACCAUCAAACAUUUCACCGAAAAUGACCUCCAAAUAAAGUGUAAUAAUGACUGUCCAAUUGUAGAAGACAACACUAUGAAUAAUCUUAAGAGUGUUACUGAUGAUGAUAAUGACACGUCUGUAGGAGAGUCAAAAUCUACUUAUGUUGAAGAAAGUGGCUUGGAUGACACGUAUGAUAGGGUUUCAACUGUAAAUAACUCAAGCAGCGUUGAAACGAUCUCCAAUAAUGAAUCAAAUAGUAUCAAAGGUUUUGAUAAAAAAUUGCUUCAUUCAGAAUCUUCUAAAGAUUAUCCUAUUUCAGAGUAUGAUGAACAAGUUAAUACCAAUGGCAAUUCCCAAAAUCUCCCCAAGGAUGUUAAAAAUUUUACUAAUUAUGAGGUUAAAUCAAACUUGCAUACCACUUCCGAUUUAAUUGUAGAGGUUCCUGCUGAGGAUCAUGCGCAAAGUAAUGAAACUACUCAGAGCUUGACUAAUGAGCAUCUUACUGAAUUUGCUAAUCUCAAAGAAUGUCCUAUUCCUGCUUCGAUAAAUGAGGAUUUCACAAAUAAAGAUUUGGCUAGUAACAAACUUCUAUCAGAACCGAAAACUAGCGAAAACGACUCUCCUAGUUCUGUCUCAAAUUUUAAAAAUUUGGCUCCCAUCUAUGAACUAAACAGUAAAAAUACUGUGCAUCUGUCAAAAGUUACAAAUGUUUGUGACUCAAACACUGAAAUGCCUGUGGACAAUAUCAAGGAUGAUAAGGAUUGUUCUUUUUUGUCUAUGAAUACUCAGUAUGAAAGUGUUAAUACUAUCCAACCUUUCACCAAAACUGAAAUUCAAACAGAACUAAUUAACAAAGACUGUCCUAAUUUCGAAUCUUCAGAGAUUUCUCCUGAGGAUAAUCACAGCAAUUUCAAGGAUAUUACUAAUAUUAUCACACACAGUCCUCUUAAUAUCUCUGAUGGAAAUGUGGAUAAUUUAACCGCUGUUAAUGAUUCCAUCAACGAUGAACUUGAAUCACAAUCUAACGAUACUAAUACUGAAGUAUUUAUAAAUAAAGAUUCCGAUUUCGAAGACAAAUAUGAUAAUAAUCAAGUACCAGAAGAUAUAGUAACUGAUGAUGUUCUUUGUUCACCAAAUCAUGAGUCAUUCGAUGCUAGCGUUUCUAAUUUUACCCAAUCCAAUAAUGAUGAAAGUGAAAUAUUAGAUGAAGCUGUCUAUCAUUAUGACUGUUUACAAUCAGACUCCGGUAUACAUGACAUAGAAACAGAAACUAGUAUUUGCAACGAACGAGUUGAAGAAACAGAAACUAGUGUUUGUGAAGAACGAGUUGAAGAAACAGAAACUAGUAUUUGUGAAGAAGUUGAAGAAACAGACGUUUUAGAUGAAGCAAACGCUUUCAGUGCACAGUAUUCAGAGAAAGUACUUGAUGUAGUAAAACAAACCGAUGAACUUCCAGAAGUUUUGGUAGCAUCAAGUACAAAAGAUGCACCUGGUAGACGUUGUCUGAAAAGAUCUUUGUCAGAUUCUGCUUUAAAUUUGUAUGACAACGAUAAAGUAGAUGAUAGUUUACAUGAUAUUCAACUGCAUAAUUUAAUUACAACAAAAAGACGUAGAAAAAACAAUCACUUUUUAAAUGUUUGCGAGUCUAACUACUCUGCUACUGACGUCCUUAAUUUUCAUAAUAAUAGAAGGAAUUCAAUUUGUUCAGUUUAUAAUGAAAACAUGUCCUUUUGUAUAGUUAUAGAUGAUAACUGUAUAAUUACUGAAGAAAACGAUGAGGGAGAAAAAAUAUGCUAUACCGAAAUACCUGAAGAAUGUUUAACAGCUAUUCAUGCUGAAAACAUUGACGAAGCCGAUGUAGAUCAUACUUCAGAAAUCAUUCUUUGUCCUCAAGAAAGUACUGAUGAAUAUAACGAAACUUUUGUCUUGGAGAUGUCUGAAGAAAAAACUUUAGAAGAGUCUUGGGUUGAUGAUGUAGCUUGCGUAGAAACUGUUGUUAGCGAUGACGUUGCUGAAGACAUUGAACUAAGCGCUCCAUCAUCUCCUACGGAAAUUGAUGAAAAAGAAAAUGAUGAAUCUGACAUUUUUGCGAGUGUCAGUGAUCACACCGAAAAAGUUAAAUACAUUUAUGGCGAUAAAAUGUGCAACGAUGAUGCUGAGCUUGUCGAAACAUUGUAUAGAACACCACAAAUGGAUGUAAAUAAAACACUCGUUAAUAGAGAAUCUCAUAUCACUGAUGACAACGACGAUGAUGAUGAUGAUUACGAAGAAAAUCCCGUAAAUAAUGAUGACGAGUUUGAACCACCUAAUCCAAAUAUGUUACUCCACAAAUCUGAUAGUGGGAACACUUUGGAAUCAAACCUUGUGCAUUAUAAUAACACAUUAGAUAAUGAUUUAGAAAAUAUUAAUCCCACAAGUGAGCUACCAGAAACUGGACACAAUAUUCCUACUACAAGACAUGAUCAAACUGAAACAAAUAAGUCCUCGACAUUGUGUGACGUAUCACAAGACAAUAAAAUAAAUUCAUGUGAAUCUAGUGUCGAUGAAGUCUUUUCAUACACAAAGGAUGAAAGCUCCGCUAAUUCUUCUGCUUUUAGCUCCCCAGAAGUUUCUUCAACUACAUCAGAAGAUAGGAAUACUUCUACGUUAUUAUUAAAAAUCACUAAUUACCAAGGCACAAGAACUUCACAACUAAACAAUAUGAAUUUUACUAAAACAAAUAGUUGCAAGUUCACAGAAAAUAUUAAUUACACAAAUUUUAUUAGUAAUUCAAAAGAACCUCGACCUCUGAUAACUAAAGCGGCUCAAAAAUAUAUUCCGCCUCUAAAGGAAACCGUAGAAGAUCUUAAAGUGAAACUUCCUUUAUCAAAAGAAAGACUGAUGCAAUUCCAACAGUUAAAAAUGUCAAGAAUUGGAAAGAAACAUACAUCUUCUCCAAACAAAGAUAUUCCAAAGAAAAUAAAACCAAAGUUUGAAGAUGUUCUCAAAAGUAUUGAUGAAAUACAAUUUAAAAUGCAUAAAGAAAAGAGAAAGAAACCAAAAAAAUCUGUUCCUAAAGUAGUAAUUAAGAAAAACGAAAAUGGGUCGCACUAUGCAAGCACUAACAAGGAGUGUUUUAACCCCGACCUGACAGGAAGAAAAUGGCAACCUUGGGUUUUUAUAGAAAAAAAUGCUUUUAUUGAUAAAAUGGCUUUGAGAAGAAAAACGAAAGCGGUAUUUAAUCACAGGAAAAAUACAUUUGUAUUUGCUGAUAAGUUUAAAAAAUAUAAAUCUAUACCGAGCGCAAAGUUCGUAAUAACUCAACCAAAAUUAGAUGAUUCAUCAGUGGGAAAACUAAAAUAUACUAUCAGGUUAAAACACAGUUAUUGAAGGUAGUUUGUUUGUAGCUUAAUUUGAAUUUGGUUAUUAAUUUUGCCAUUAUAGCACUAAUUUAGUUAAUAAUCCCACCCUAAUUUUUGGUCUCGUAAUUGCAUUCCUACGAUAUCAUAGAUUUUAUUUAAUAGUUACCCAAUAUACUUCACAUAUUCUAGAUUUAUUUACUUGCACUAAAUAAAUACCAAAUUCUGUUUAUAGUGUGAUAUAAAAAUAAUAAAGAAGAAAAUUUAAUUUAGGGUAGGUAUGUGUUUAUUUAUGUUUUUCGAUAGUGCAAUUUGAUCUGAAUUUUUUAUUGUUGAUUUCUUAAAAAAAUAUUGUUAUUUGUUUUUUUAACGUCAUUCCAUUUUGAGUAGUAGUAGUACCUAUCCAAAUAUUUUGUUUAAAAUUAUUUUAUCGUGCACUGUUUAUGCACUUCAAUAGCCAUUAGAAGUAUUAGAUUACCUGUAUAAAAAUAGAAUAUAAGAAAAGAUAUAUUAGUUAUUUAUUAAUUUUACAUUAUACAUUUGUUGUAUUGUAUAUGUAUGUACCUACAUUAUUCACAAAGAUAUGGUUGAUAUUUUUAAGGUUAUUGAUAAAGGCGACGAAAAAAUUGUCGUCGUGAGCUAUGUUUUGGUCCCUUGUCUUUUUGUACCUACAGCGGGUGCUCGUAUAAAUAUUUACCGCUUUUGUUUUUAGCUUUGGUCCAAAUAUGUAUAUCUGGGUAGCCGGUUAAGUAAUUUGUAUUGUACCUACCUAAGAAAGAAGAAUGAAAAUGACCACACCAAUUGUGGCGGUCAAUGAAUUGCUCACUAAGUUUUAAGCACAUUAUCUAUAUUUAAUAAUGUUUAUAUUUUGACUGCAAAUUAUGAAUGUGGUGUUUUUAAAGGAUGAAGUACAAUGAUUGUAAAUUUCUUAUACAUUAAUCGUGAUAGAUUGUAAUGAAAUGAACUUCUACAAAGAAGCCUAGUAAAUACGUCGAGUAGUUCAAAGUUAUGUGAUGUUGCAUUGAAACAGUAUAGAGUAAGCAUACGUAUG